UGGGAAUCCCGGCAGGACUGAGCUGAGGGAGCUGCGGCCUUCAGCUCCAGGACCCAGCGCUUCCCAGUGGCUUUUCCACCCAAACUUCCCCUUUGUUAUGACCUGUUCCUCACGGCUGUUCUUCUAGAUCUGUGUUUUCCCUGGGAAUGGAGGUGCCCUUCGUGCUGCUCCUGACCAGGCUCAUGGCAGAAGUUGCAGGAAAAUCCACGGAAAACUCAGUGCCAGACCCAGAAUGUUGCGUGGAAAUGUUGGAUUCCAACAGCUCCUGCCCAGUCACCCAGCAGUGCAGCCCAGGAUGCUACAGGAGGUGGAAUGAGGACGGGAGCAGCAGCUGCAUCAAGUGCAGGAACGAGACCCUGCCCAGCCCCUCUGGGCACAACCUCAGCGAGUGCAGGAACUCUGGGAGCAGAGGGAUGAACUCCCACGUGAACAUGAGCUCUCCUUUCAUCCAGAAUUUUGGGGGCCCCGAAGUCGCCGCCUCUCUGAUUCUGGGGACGUUUUUCCUCAGUUUAUUCCUGAUCCUUUCUGUGGCUUCUUUCUUCUACCUCAAACGAGCCAACAAACUCCCAAAGAUUUUCUACAGAAGGAACAAAGCAUCUGUUCUCCAGCCCAGUGAAACAGCAUCCAUGAUCUCUCCUCCAGCUUCUUCAGUGCGGAAGCCGCGCUACGUCCGCCGCGAGCGCGCCCCGGUCCCGCCCGGCGCCGCCGACAGCCGGGUCAGCAACGUGUGAGCCCGAGCCCGGAGCGUCCCCAGGCCACCCCUGGGAGCUGCUGAUCCCAAGGAGCCCCAGAGGGUUUGUGCUGAAUCCCUGGGAGCUGCUGAUCCCACAGGAACCCCAAAGGGUUUGUGCCAGAUCUCACCCCCAG